ACGCAACACAGUAUUUCCCGCGGCCGCUCCCCCAGGUGACGAGCUUUAAAUAGACCGGAAGCCGCAGGUGAGAGACAGAGACAGAGAGAGAGAGAGACCGGUGAGGACAUAGAGACAGAGAGAGAUACAGAGACAGAGAGAGAGAGACCGGUGAGGACAUAGAGACAGAGAGAGCGAAAGAGAGAGACUGGUGAGGACAUAGAGACAGAGAGAGAGAGAGAAAGAGAGAGACCGGUGAGGAUACAGAGAGAGAGAGAGACCGGUGAGGACAGAGAGAGAGAGACCGGUGAGACAUAGAGAGAGAGAGAGAUAGACCGGUGAGGACAGAGAGAGAGAGUGAGACAGAGAGACAGGUGAGAGGCAGCAGGACACCGGGACAGACCAGAUCUCCUCCCGUGUCUCCCUCCCCAGCCCCCCGCUGUGCACGCACCAUGUUCCCGCUGAACACCAGCGGUUCUCCGCCUCUGACCGAGCUGAGCUUCGAGCGGCAGUUUGACGACAGAGGUUCGAUUCUCUGGAUGAAGGACAACUGGAAUAAAUCCUUUGUGUUCUGUGCUCUUUACGCCGCCCUGGUGCUGGCGGGGAAGAACUACAUGAGGCCCCGCCCCCGGCUGAGCCUGCGGCGGCCGCUCGUCCUCUGGUCGCUCAGUCUCGCCCUCUUCAGCAUCAUUGGAGCGGUCCGUACCGGUUCCUACAUGCUCCACAUCCUGAGCAGCGGGGGGUUCAGGAGCUCCAUCUGUGAUCAGAGCUUCUACAGCGGGCCGGUCAGCAGGUUCUGGGCCUACGCCUUCGUCCUCAGCAAAGCUCCGGAGCUCGGCGACACAGCGUUCAUCGUGCUCAGGAAGCAGAAGCUGCUGUUCCUCCACUGGUACCACCACAUCACCGUGCUGCUCUACUCCUGGUACUCUUACAAAGACAUGGUGGCCGGCGGCGGCUGGUUCAUGACCAUGAACUACGCCGUGCACGCGCUCAUGUACAGCUACUACGCGGCGCGCGCCGCCGGCCUGCGCGUGCCGCGGCCCCUCGCCGUGCUCAUCACCAGCGCGCAGAUGGCCCAGAUGGCGAUGGGGCUGACGGUGUGCGGGCUGGUGUACGGCUGGAUGCAGCAGGGCGACUGCCACUCGCACCUCAACAACCUGGUGUGGGCGUCGCUCAUGUACCUCAGCUACCUGCUGCUCUUCUCCAACUUCUUCUACCACACCUACCUGCGCCGCCACGCCCCCGCCAAGACCGAGUAGGAGGGGCCAGGAGGACGGAGUCAGUGACGAGAAUGAGGAAACAGGAAGUCACAUGAUCAUCCCAACAAUCACAAACAGUUUUAAUUUGAUGAACGAGUCGAUGACCAGUUGAUCGAUCAAGUUUAAAAAACAUAUCGAUCGUGAUUCACCGAUAAAAGUAUUCAUGAGACGAAUGAAGGCAUCUGAUUGGCUGCUGGAUGAGUUCAUGACAGUUCUUCUCUGUAUUAUUGUCAUUUAUUUAUAAUGUUUGUUAUGUUAUUGUGUUACUUAAUAUUGUUAUUGUGUUACUUAUGUAAUGUCGGUGUGUGAUUGAGUUUCUGUCGGAGUUUGGAAGAAAAAGCUUCAAAGAAAACGAUGACGACCGGAUUCUGAAUGAAAACAAAUUCGAUUCAUUGUUAAUAAAUAAAGUUUUUUAUAUUUA